AUGGCGCAGCUUCUCCCCUACUCACAGUCGACGACGAUAGCUCCUUCCUUGCAAACGACAAUGACGCUGCCUACAAGUUCUAUCCGCUCAUCUAUAUAUGGUCUUGCUGGCCGUUAUAGCUUUCUAACUUUGUUUUUGCUCAUUUUAAUUGAAUUUUUUCUUAUUUUCAGUGAUGAGAAAGGUCUAUUCUAUGCUUUAGAUCUCGAUGGUACUAAUUUCCGCGUGCUACGCGUACAGCUAGGUGGUAAAGAUCACCAUGUUGUUAGACAAGAAUUUGAUGAGGUUUCAAUUCCACCUGAUGUGAUGACUGGAUCUUCAGAGGGUUUAUUUGACUUUAUAGCCGCAACACUUGCAAAGUUUGUUUCUGAAGAAGGUGAGGGUUUUCACCCUGCACCAGGUAGGCAAAGGGAGCUGGGCUUUACCUUUUCAUUUCCUGUGAAGCAAUUAUCGAUUUCUUCUGGGACCCUUAUGGUGAUAUGCAUUCUAUUUGAUUCUAACAUGACUCGUUUUCUUUAUUACUAUUUUGCUUUCAUGAUAGUUGUCACACGUGUUGUCGCAAGGAAAGUGAUUUGGAGAAGUGUGUUUGGAAGAGUGGAAAUAGAAGGGUUUCAAGGUAACUGGUUCAGUGUUCAAUGUUUCACAAAGAGAUCAAAGAGAAAAACUUAUGAAAGCUGUUUCAUUAAUUUUCCAAGGAAAGGUCAACAUUCUUGUAAGUUUAAUGACUUAAUUGAUUCAUAAUAAUAUUUAGAAAGGAAUAUAUUUCUGUUAUAUUGCAAUAUUAAAAUUUCAUAUAAACAUA